AUGGCUCGGAGGAAAAGAAUGUUCUUCAAACGUAACGGGGGACUAUUGUUACAGCAUCAAUUAGAAACGAGAGAAGGCAACAUCGAGAAGACAAAAAUAUUCACGUCAAGAGAGCUUGAAAAAGCCACAGAUAACUUCAGCGACAACAGAAUACUUGGACAGGGAGGUCAAGGCACUGUAUACAAAGGAAUGCUGGUAGAUGGUCGAACCGUUGCUGUCAAGAAAUCAAAAGUUGUAGAUGAAGAUAAACUAGAGGAGUUCAUUAAUGAGGUCGUAAUUCUAACCCAGGUCAACCAUAGACAUGUCGUCAAGCUCAUGGGAUGUUGUCUGGAGACGGAAGUUCCCGUUCUGGUUUAUGAGUUUAUCUCCAAUGGUAAUCUCUUCCAACACAUACAUGAAGAGACUGAUGAUUACACAAUGAUAUGGGGCGUGCGUCUACGCAUUGCGGUUGAUAUCGCAGGAGCUCUUUCGUAUCUUCACUCUGCUGCGAAUUCUCCAAUCUAUCAUAGAGAUGUCAAGUCAACAAACAUAUUACUAGACGAGAAGUAUCGAGCCAAGGUGUCGGAUUUCGGUACUUCAAGAACAGUGACCGUGGAUCAUACUCACUGGACCACACUUAUUUCAGGGACAGUUGGAUAUGUGGAUCCAGAGUACUAUGGAUCUAGUCAGUACACGGAUAAGAGUGAUGUUUAUAGCUUUGGUGUCAUCCUUGUUGAGCUAAUCACAGGGGAGAAGCCUGUAAUAACAGUACCAGGUUCUCAGGAAAUAAGAGGCUUGGCGGAUCAUUUCAGAGCUGCCAUGAAAGAGAAUAAGUUUAUGGAUAUUAUGGAUGCUCGAAUAAAAGAUGCGUGCAAACCAGAACAAGUAAUGGCAGUGGCAAAUCUAGCGAGGAGAUGUUUGAAUUCAAAGGGAAAGAAGCGGCCAUACAUGAGAGAAGUGUUUAUCGAGUUGGAGAAGAUACGUUCAUUUUCAGAGGAUUCACUGGUAAAGAUUGAAAAUGAGGAUGGUGAUGAUGAAGAGGAAGAAGGCAUGGAUAUGAUAGAGAUUGCUGAUUCGUGGACCGUUGGUGUUACUGCUCCAGCCCCUAGCAUUGUCCCUUCCUUGUCAGAUGCUGAACCACUGUUUCCUCGUACUACAUGGUGAAUUGUAGAAAGUGAAGGUAACGCUGAAUAACUUGAUGCCACUUUCGAAGGUUUGGCAUCUGUUGUGCUUUAGCUGUUGUUUGUGGUUUGCCUUUGUUUGUUUUUCUUCUCAUUAAAAACCUGCUCUUGUGUCUUAUUUUGAAAAGACAAUUCAUCUUACAUUGCAAUAUUCGCCACACACUUUGUCAUUCUCUCUGUUACGAUCAAGGUAACGAUUCCCAGAGAACAUGAUAAAACUAGAAUAAAUAUUGUAUUGAUAAAAUAAUACAGGUUACAAAAGAAAGAAAGCAUUGAAUACCCUCUCUCACAUGACAUGGACAUCAUGAUCAAUCUUCUUGAUACCCUUCUCCUUCCUUCCUUUUUUUUUUCUUUUUU